GGUAACCGACUACUCCCAAGCUGCAUGCUGGGAGUCGUAGUUUGGGCUCUUUAUCUCUCCGCUGAAGAUUUGGGAAGGCUUGGACGGUUCUUUUAAAAUAUCUGCUCACUGAGGGGUACAGCUGCUCUUCCGAGAGCACUUUCCCACGCGUUCCCCUCGUCCGUAGGGCUGGGCUACGGCCCAAAGACAAACAGAGAGGCGGAGCCGGACUAGGCCGUGCCCCACCCGGGUGCCGGUCGUGGCUCGUUUCCGUCUCCCUGCUGAGCACGGGCGAGCAGGUUUUCUGGGGACGCAGCCCCGGCUGCCCUUUUCCCAACGACGGAGGCGGCUCCAUGCUGCCGGCAGCCCCCUCCCGCCCCUCAGCAAGAGGCAGGGCGAGGAGGCGGCGACCGCCUGGGGUCCCGCCCGUGAGCGCUCCGAGGCCGCCUCCCGCGGCCUGAGGGGGACCCUCGCUUUCACUCACAGCGGAGCGCGGGGGGGGAGGAUGGCGAACCAACUGGUGAUCCUCAACGUCUACGACAUGUACUGGAUGAAUGAAUAUACCUCCUCUCUUGGAAUUGGAGUGUUCCAUUCAGGAAUAGAGAUAUAUGGCAGAGAAUUUGCUUACGGUGGCCAUCCAUACCCUUUUUCUGGAAUAUUUGAAAUUUCUCCAGGAAAUGCAUCUGAAUUGGGAGAAACAUUUAAAUUUAAAGAAGCAGUUGUUCUUGGAAGUACUGACUUCAUGGAGGAGGAUAUAGAAAAAAUUAUAGAAGAACUUGGAAAAGAAUUUAAAGGGAAUGCCUAUCACUUAAUGCACAAAAAUUGCAAUCACUUUUCUUCAGCUUUAUCUGAGAUUCUCUGUGGAAAAGAGAUUCCUCGUUGGGUGAAUCGCCUUGCCUAUUUCAGUUCCUGUAUCCCCUUUCUCCAAAGUUGCCUACCAAAAGAAUGGCUUACACCUGCAGCCCUUCAGUCAAGUGUAAGUCAAGAGCUUCAGGAAGAACUGGAAGAAGCAGAAGAUGCUGCAGCAUCAACUUCCUUCCCGAGGUCAGCAUCAGGGACAAGAACUGGACAUCAUACUAAAAUAUAGGUUUAGUCCAAAGUACUAUUACACUGAAGCCUUUUGAAGCUUUGUCAGUAACUGACUUCAUUGCAGAACUUCUGAGAAUGGGUAUUUUAAUAUGUCUUUUGUAUGCAAUUGAUUCUCCAGCUCAAGACCAUGGUGUUCUGCUCAGGAUUAUAUAUAGUGGGGAAAAGGUUUCUGGGACAAAUGGGAAGAACGUAAGGUGGAGCUGCUGUCGUGUUUUUCAUCUAAUCAGUAAACCUGGACUAACUGAGCAGAAGUUUAAUUGUUUACAGUAUUGUGUGCUGCUGUUUACAAGUUCUACAAGGACACCUGCCAUUGAAAUAUAAAAUAUUAAUCAGCUCAUUUAGACCUGCAUAACUUCAUCAGCCUCAGUGGAUGAAUGAUCAGCUUUGCUUGAUACUAUCUUAGAACUGGGCAGGAGAAGAUGUCACUGCCAACUGUUGCUGACAAUGAAGCAGGAAGUGAUGAAUACUGUGUGUAAACAGGGUACAUAAUGAUCAAUUCAAAGAAAUUUGUCCUAGGAACUAAGGAGGUUAUACCUAGUAUGUAUCUGAAAAUAUCUGUUCCAACAAAUGUGACUGUCAGUUUUUAUCCCCUUAUGCAGAGUGAAUUAAUAUUUUAUUACAAAGCUGACUGUGUUUUCUCUGGUGUCAGAUUUCAACUUUUGUUUUUGCCUUAUGUUUUUGUCUGACUUGGAGGUGUGAAAAGUCAUUUUGAACAUGAACAGUUCCCUCCCCCAUUAAGAUCACAUAACAGUGCUGUUUCACAUAAUUUAAAACCUAGAACUGUAGGAAUACAGAUGAAACAUGUAAUUAAUUACAGUUCCUAUAACGUUAGGUAACAUAAUUUAGACAAGUUAACAUUUGGCUCAUGGUUGAGCUUGCUUUCACAAUGUGAAUUCUUCAGCCAGUUCAACCAGAUCUAAACUUCUGCUUAACAGAAUAGUCUCUUAAUAGAAAUAUGAAGAGAAAUGGCAACUGCUAUGCUUAGUUUCCUCAACAGCCAGAUUCAACAACUACAGGAAAUGCAAAGGCUUUCUCCAACUGUGUUCACAGCAGAACCAAUGAAUGUUAUAGGUAAGUUACCCAGAUGUCUCUUUUAGUGACAUUGUUUUCAUAGUUAUGUCAGUCUAAUAGCAACUAUAUAAGAACUAUAAAAGAUAAAUUGCAAUUAAAAAGGGAACAGAGGAAUUCCAUCUAUUAUGUCUUUUCCCAUUGCUAGCAUUGGGGGAGGAUAGCAUCGUAUUGAUGGCGAAUUGGAUUCAGAUUUUUAUGAUAUUUGCUGCCUUAAGGAUCUUCUAAUUAAAUGGAAAGAAGCCAACUGGAAAUGUAUGUAUAACUUAAGGUCUGGUGAAGAAAAAAUAAAUAACUCUUACAUGUGGCAUUA